GAGGCUGCAAGAUUUGUUGUUGAGAUGCAAAUGAAACAAGCUCUGUGAAGCCCCCUCAGAGGAACCACAUUCUCCAAGAAGGACCUCAACAAGGACCAUGAGGCUGUCCUGUGGCUUAAUUUGGACCCUUUUCCAAGUUUGCUGGGCGCUUGAGGGGCCGGACACAGUGAUCGCGCCUCUCGGUGGCUCAGUGGCUCUGCAAUGUAAAUAUGGAAGGGGUGAUGAAGAAGCGGUGAAAUACUGGUGCAAAGAAGCAAGAUUGAGAUUCUGUUCAAGUGACCAUAUUAUCCAAACAACAGGCUCAGAGGCAGAAGUGAAGUGGAAAAGAAUGUCCAUCAAAGACAACCAUACAUUUCGCGAAUUCAGUGUGAGCAUGGUGAACCUCACAAAUGGAGAUGCCGGGACAUAUCUUUGUGGGGUGGAGAGGAGCUACGACAUCUGGCACAAAGUGGAAUAUAUGUUCUUCUCUGCAGAUUUUUCUGUCUCAACCCAUUUUAGAAGCAUGGAACAAACAACAGAAGAACCAGGUGGAGUAACCAUAGUUCCUGAAAGAAUCCAGCCCAGCAACACUGAUUUACUGUUUCUGGUCCUCUUGAAAAUUCCCGUCUUCCUAGCCAUGAUAGUUGCUAUAGUCUGGGUGCAUGCAUGGUACAGAACAGGUAGAAGCUCUGACACCAAACUUCCAAAGACACGAGAAGAGCAUCAAGCAGCCACAUCAAAAGGAGUUUAUCAAGACAAGAAGACUGUCCUCUAACUCCAUGCACAGAAGGCAUGCGACUAGUACUUGACGAUGGAUCCAGCUGCCCUCUCGCUGGCUGCCUUAUGAAAUAAGAGGCUUUGGAUUGAGUCAACACAAGAGGAAAGCAAAGCAUCAAUUCAGAAUACUUCUACUUUACCAAAGUUGGAAAACAGAACACCCACAUUCUGAAUAGUUUAAUCACUUAUCAGAAAGAGGCCCAUGCUAAAGGAAUUGUGUCAAUUCAAAUACUUAGCAGAGGUUAAACUGGAGUUUUUAGUUUUUCCCAUUUGGUGUGCAUUGCCUUGACUCUAUUUCCUACCUAUGAUCCACAUCUUACCUCACUUUAAUCUCCUGAGCAGAUGUAUUAUCUACACUUGCAAAGUCCUUUCAAUAAAUAUUGCUCAAUUACAUCGUUGCACUACAAGCCACAAAGACCCUUUGCUGGCAUAGUAACACCACCUUCUUCCCUUUUCAAACAAAUUCAUUUCUAGUCUGUAAAACUACCAGCACAU